AUGUUUCAGCUAUCGCCAUCGCCAUCGCCAUCGCCUCGCCUCCCCACCACCGCCUCACCGACCCACCUUCUUCGUCUUCCCUACUGCCGGGGACGCCCUGGCUUUCCGACUACUCCCAAGACACGCGGCCUCAGCUUCGCCCGCUUUGUCCACCUUCUUUCGUCUGGAGCUUUAGGCGCCGGGGUUGUUGGAAUCAACGGUUCAACAUUGCCUCGUCGACUGCGCAAGCUGACCAUCUCUUCUUGCUCCACCCAGCCUAGUGUCUUUAUGGGAGAGCCUUCGGAUCCGCAGAAUUCCAUCGCUAAGGUGCCGUCUUCUGCGUCUCUGUUUGCUUUUGUCUUCAGCAGCUGGCACUAUCAAGGUGCUGCAUAGAGCAUCGAACUUUUCUCUUUCUGUUUUUGCCUGUCGGUCUGCUGCUCUUCGCGGUUUUUCUAGUGUCCAUCCUUUUAUUCUUCCCCCGAGCCUAUGAAAAUAGAGAGAAAUUCGGAGAUUAUUUUUCUAAGAAGGAUCAUAUUUCAGAGAGCUUUUUCAUGAGAGCGAGGAGUUGAAAAUGCAAGAGCAUUUUUAAGUGCAAUACUCUGACGUACAAAUAGCUCUAGGACAUAUUUUCACGCCAGAAUUUUGUCCUGUUUACCAGAAAAAGGACAAAUAACUUGAGAAUAAGAUUUUUCAGGGUCCAUCUUCCUUGAUUUCUGAUUGAAGGUUUGUAGCACAAGCAUUCAAUAUUGGCUUCCAAGAAACAGCUUAAUGAUAACCAGAGAUCUGGGGGAAGACACAAUCAGAGCAUUUUAAGGGAACAAUGAACGAUAACAUGAAGAAAUUGAAAAGCAGUCUAUGGUCAUCACUGGUGCACAAGUAUAUUCCUGUUUAUUUUUCACCAGGCAAAAUCCUGUGAGUGCAGAAAAAUGGCAUAAGAUGUACCACUUGAAUUUACUAGGAGUGCCACUCAAAUCAUCUUUCUCUAGAAUUUUGACUAAUAAGGAUUAUGUUAUGAUAUUAAUACUUUAUGAUUUAUAACACCUAAUUUUACGUCAAAUUACCUUUUUUUUUCAGAUCAUUAAGGAAAAAAUGGAGGGCGAUUCUUCAUAGUUUAUUUGUAAAGCUGCAGAGGCAAAGCUAACUGUCAUACUUUCCUCAGAAUAAAAACCUGGUGGAAAUCUGAGAAGGUUGACAUUCUUUGUUAGUGAAAGAGGACAGCUCGCUUGAUUGGGAGGUUGCCUAUGCUUGGAGGAGAAAUGGUCUUGUUGCAUUAUCUAUCUCGAGAGUGAGAGAUAGACGACAUUUUGUUUUCCUUGUUCUGGGAACUUGGGGACAGAAGUUGGUCUAGUAGGGGCCUAGUGACAAAAACACUUGAGGAAAUUGUGCUUCAUAUAGAAUAUCAUCAGUAUAGCUGAUAUAUUAUGCUUCAUGCUCCUAGUUUUUGUACUAUAAGUCAACAAGAGGGAUCGAAAACAGAUUGUCCUAAAUUUUGCUGACAACGUGUUAUUUUUCUGUAUUUUAUCACGUGAUAAGAAAUUUCUGAUUUGUUAUUGUUGUUGUGAUCCGUAAUAUUGUUGUAUUUAUCUUCCUUAGCUGGGCUUAGCUGUCGACCAAUCUUUUUAAACCUGAAAUUCAUCACAUUAAUUAUACGUCUGGUGACAGUGUACUUUCUAUUUGACAUGCUAUUAAGUCUACAUUUUGACGUGCAGGAUAGCCUGUCAUACGCAAGGGCACACUGGGCCUCUAGGUCUCACAUUGCUUGGGAUGUCAAGGAUAAUAAUUCAUCAGUCUAUCUCAUUGCUAGUCAAAUGGCGAACUUACGCGUUUCAAAUGAUGAUAUAACCGGUUAGUGUUAAGCUUCAGUUACUCUAUUACACUGUUGUCAGAAUAUAGUACUCUCUGAUUUUAACUUUGGUUCAUUACUUCUCCCAUCUGGUUUAUAUAACCAUGUAUAAGCUUUAAAAUCGUUGAGGAAAUAUAGAUAUUAUCUUGAUUUUGGUGAAGUAGCCAACGUAACACCUUUCAGAGACUUUGAAAGUAAAAAAACGAAAAUUUUCAUUAUUACUUGAAAAUUAAAUGGAUUGAUUUAAACUGUCCCAUAAAAGUCUAUAGGUGGAUCUCUCUUGAAGACAUAAAAACGAUUCUUAAGAAAAUAAUUUAUGUGACUCCUAGCUAAUUUCAGGGAUGAUAGUCCUGAAAAACGGAUGAAAUUAUAAUGAGUUGGGUUUAGUUGGAGUUAGCUGAGUGUUUUCUUGUCACCAGUUUUUCCCGGUUCUUUCAUCUUGUUGUAAGAGAUUUCAAUUGCUUUACAGCCACCUUCGUUUACUGCUUACAGGCUAUGAUAUGAAGGUUCAACUUGAACAGGACAUGUGUGGUCUGCCAGGCAAUGUAAGUUACCACUAGAUAAAUGAAAAAUAUGGGUAUAGCGUUAAAAUGGAAAUAUUUUCUCUACUUCUUGAUCUCAAGUUUGGCGCAAUGUGAUGUCUUCCCUUUACUUGGUAUCUCUAGAGCUUUUAGAGUCAACUUUGACUUAUUUUCUGCGACACCAACGAAUCAAUUAUUCUCGGUUUUUUUCAUGGAUUAAUCUUGGGUAAGCAAGGAUCUCUAAUAAAUUUAAAAGGAGAAGUAUAUCAAUCACCAGUAUUAAACCUGACAUCAAUUUUUAAUGAUCCAGUACAUAUGAGGGAAACCAUAGUUUUCAUAUAUACGAGGGAAAACGUAGUCUUUCGGUUGUUGCUUAAUUAUUAACUACCCUGCAUAGAGAGAAGAUGUGACUUUGAUGUGUCUAUCAAUGUCGAGGUGAGUGUCAAUAUUGCCAUGUCAAUUCAAUUUUCUAACACCAUGUUAUUGCAAAUGAGAAUGAACGACGAUGCCAUGCGUUUCCUCAUUUGCCAUAUUUGCUUUGAACUCAAUUUCAUCCCUUGAAAUACAGACAUGUGAACAGUUAAAUGGCCUUCUCUUUUCGAUACAGUUACUUAAUUCAUAAUAAUACAUAUUUUAAUCUAUUAUUUUAUGAGAAUAUUUAUUAUCGUGAUGUCCAGACUUUGUGCACAUCUAGACAUUUUUAUUUUAUUUUUCAAAAAACAUAACAUUCAAAUCGUUUAAAAAUAUAUUAAGAAAUUAUUUAUGCUGCCUAGGCAGUGAAUCGAUGGACAUGGUCUUAGUGGCCUUGAAUACCAAAGUGGAAAGUUGGCGAGCAGUAUUGUUCACCUUUGAUUCAGUGUGCCUUAUUUUUAGCGACAUUGUUUAGUGAAUGAAGGUAGCAUAGUUAAGGUUAAUUUGCAUUUGUUUAGUUCUAUGAAUACACACCUACAUUUUUUAUAACGAUGAAAUAUGAUAGUCAUUCAAAUUUCUCAUUGUAUGAACCCAGUAUAAUGGAUUUCUACAGACACAUCUUUUUUCCUUUUGGUGACUGCUGUUUCUUCUUCCAAUGAUUCUUAUCUUUCAGUUAUAGGCCUAAUUACUUUGUAUGCCUCCUUUUUUCCUUAGCUUUUGAAGCUCUAUGGUUCUCAUUUUACAUGUAGCUUUAUAUUACAGAAGAGAAAGCCCGUAUCAUCAUUGCAUUAACUCAUCUAAUUUUAGAAACUUUUCUUUCUCAACAUUUUUUCGGCAAUUUCAACCUUUUUGCUUCAGAGAGUUAUCUUUUUGAUGCCCGAAAUUUUCCUAUGCCUCUUUUUCAGUCUGGCAAUUUAAGACUUAGUUAAUUUUUAUAAUCGUAUCUUUCAUGCAAUACCUUUGAAGUUCCUACCUUUUUUUGCCUUCUCUUGUCUCUGUAUUCCUGUCCAUUUCUUUCUCUUCUAGAAUUGUGCCCUCUAGCCACAUCAGUUGGACCUAAUCUGGAGUCGAAUGUUCACUCCUUGCUUUUUCUAUUCUAGAAUAGCCAUAAAAGUAGAUUCACUCUGAUUUUUUUUCAGACCUAGUGGGAAAUUCAAAAUUCCAGGUACUGUGCAUAACCUUCUUAAAUGUCCAUAUUCAGCCUAUGCUCUAGUUUUGUUAUUGUUCAGCAGGGGGCCGAUUAACUCAUUUUUAGCUGCCGGGAUGAUGCUUGGUUUUAUGCUAAAAUUUGUAUCCUAUGAUUUUUCAGGUAAAACAGAAAUUUCCGCAUAUAAGAAGUUAUUCUGCUUUCAGAAUUCCUAGCUCUGUCGAUGCUGAAAAACUUCUUAAAUGCCAGUUAGCUGUUAUGUGUUUUGAUGGUAAGAAUCAAUGACUUCUUUGUUAAGAUUAUGACACUUGUUUCUUUUUUCAUUGGUUUUAUACCAAUUAUACUUGUUUUGUCCAAACAUAAUGCUAUGGAUUCAUAUGUGAUGUACAUCCUGAUGCUGAAGAACGUUUUAAAGUUGUCUCUGAGUGAAUUCUAUAUUUGAUCAUUUUUUUCUACAGUUUCCUGAUUUCCGCUCUAUUUUUUAGUUUUUUAAGUAUUAAAUUAUUUUUAUGAAAAUUAAAUUAUAAUAUGUGGUAUUAUUAUUUAUUUAAUUUAUACUAAAUCCAUAAUAAAAAAUAUAUAUUGUAUUAAACAAAGUGAUCAUACUAAUGUAAUUAAUUUUUUGAAUAUAUUUUACCGAAAUCAAGGUGAGUGUAGUAAUGUUAUAAAUGCAGUUGGUAUUAGUUGAAUGGUUGUUAUAAAAUCAAGGCGAGUGCAGUUGGUAUUGUUGAUAGUUGAAAUUGAAGUUCCAAAAUAUGACUAAAAAGUCUAGUUCAUGCUAUAGGUGUACCAGUGAAAGUUUAUGUCAAUAGUUUAUAUUUUAAAAUUAUAACUAUCAACAAAAUACACAGACGGUCAUCUUGCUCUCCUCGCCACACAAGAAACAAUACCAAUUUGGCAUAUGACUGCAAAUGAACAGUAAUUUAUUUACUAUCCUUUGUAAUAAGGUGAUCUAAAGAUCACCAGAAAAUACUUUCUCUUUGCCUUGUUUCUUUUAGUGUACUUUUUAGGAGGAAGAGAUUGAUCACUCUGAAGAUUCAUCAGCCCCAAUUACGAAAAUACAAUUGGUGAUGUCAUUAUUUAAUUCUUGGACGUGAAACAAGAAAAAAGGAGGGGGAUUCUUAAUCCGCCUAUGUUAUUGUAUGAUCACAGAUAGACUUCCUGCAUACCAUGUUGCACCUAAAUUUAUGUGCUGGCCAUGUUGUCCUAGUUUCUUUAUAUUUAAAGGAGCGCCUCAUAUCUUAUAGAUGUAGCUUUUACUGAACACUUCUGACUCAAUAUAGCCGCGAAAUAAUGUUUUCCAUUCCAUAUCAAAAUUUGAAGUCCAUGUAUCUGUGAUCGUCUCAUUUCUCUUCUUAUUCAGUUUACUCUCUUCUUCAUCAUCUCAUAGUGGUCAUAGGAGGGCCCCGGUCCUGACAAAAGCAAUUGGAAGUUUUCAUUCAACCUGCUGUCUUUUCCCAAAUUAAAUUUCAUUGUCAUGUUAAGAAGGUAAUGGAUGAGUGAAACUAUCCUUAUCGUUUCUUCUGUGGUUUGUUAUUCGGAAGUUUUGCACACCAUGUAUUGAGUUAUAUUACUAUUUUUUCCCCAGUAGACAUGCUAUUGAUUUUGAUCUUUGGGUUACUUCAACUCGCUGAUCUAUUUUUAUGUUGCUUUACACCUUCAGGACUUUGAUAUUUUUAUUUUUAAUAAAUUUACACAGCUCAUGGGAAAUGUGUCAACGCUACUGGACUCCAGUUGCCUGGUGUUUUAGAUGACUUGUUCUCCUACACUGGUCCCCUUGGUGCAGUCUUUAGUAAAGAGGCCAUAUCACUUCAUCUCUGGGCACCCACAGCACAUGUAUGUAUGUUAUAAAUUUGGAGGGAAUCUCUUGUGUGAUUAUCAGUUGACCUUUACAUGCCUUCUGAUCCAUGCAGGUUGUACGUGCAUAUAUAUAUGACGAUCAAUUCAAUCAGGAUCCAUCGGAAUGUAUUGAACUUAAAGAGGAGAUUGGUGUUUGGCAUACUAGGCUCCCAAUAAGUCGAGAAGGUUGUUACUACGUGUUCGAGGUUUCAGCCUAUCAUCAAAGCACUCUAAAAAUUGAGACAUGCAUGGUGAAUGAUCCAUACGCUAGAGGGUAUGCUGGAGAUAUGUCACCUACUAGACUCUUCGCAUAAUAUGGUCAAUGUUUGUUGAUUCUAAUACUCUCCUUCAUAAUAUGGUCAGAAUUUCAUCAAAUGGAAAACGAACUUUGUUGGUCAACAUUGACUGUGGUAGCUUAAAGCCACUGGGUUGGAGUGAAUUGGCCAAUGAAAAGCCAGAGCUGCUUUCCUUUUCUGACAUCAGUAUAUAUGAGUUACACAUUAGGGAUUUCAGGUUAGUCACAUUGUUUGCAAUUUCCUCAUCCAUUACUGUUGAUGUCAUGAUUAUUAAUGCAUGGUGAAGCUGUAAUUCCAUUAUUCUCUGUUUUUGCGCCUGCAAUGUACCACAGUUUUCCAGAAUGCUUGUAUUGGUAUGCUUGUACUAGUUUCAGAAUUGUACAGGUCCACUGGCAAAUAAAAAGUUGUUAGGGUUUUUUGUUUUGCCUUUUUCAUUUCCUAGGUUCUGAAUUCAUAUGUAGCCUCUGACUGGCCGAUGUUGUCUGGAUGUAGUGUCUCAUUUGAAUCAGUCUGGAUGUAGUUUCUGGAUGUAUCUUGUGUAUGGGAUGGAGUAAAAUCCCUGAAACCUGUCCUCCGAAUUCUCAGGAUAUUCUUGAUCUGAAUGACUAGACAUUGAAUUUACUGAAAACCAGUAACAUUAGGGAAUUAGUUCUCAUCUUACCUCCUGGUUAGAUUGUUAUCUUGAUUGUUGUUCCUAUUGACAUUGCUUGACGUCCCUUCGUUUACGCCUUUAACGCUUUCUAUUAUUUGUAAACUGUCUUGAGUCUUUAUCAGAGAACACCGUGAGGCUAUGCAUGGGAUAAAGUUCUUGGGUCUGUUCUUUGCCAAGACACCCAGAUGCCAAUAGCCCAGUUCGUUUGACGUUCAUGAAGAAGGGGAUUAACUGAAGUUACCUCGUAUUUCAAAGAUUUUAAUUAGCUCGUCAAAAUUUUUGCAUCAACGGCUGAUAUCAAUAAUUCACUUGAGUUCGGAAAAGCAAUGUUUCGAGGAUCUAAUUAACGUGGCUCACUACUAUCUUCGAAACACGUCCAACUCUUUAAGUUGACUAAAAAGGUUUGUAGAACAAACAAAACAAAAUAUUGUAAGCUCUUAUUCAUGGAAAGGGGGCAGUGAUUGCGAAAGCCUGCAUUUAGAAUAAUAAUAGCUAGUAUGGAGGCUGUUGGAGGAGUGAGUUUGGUCCUAUUGGAUGGUAAUUGGGUGAUGAAGAAGAAUGCAUCUGUUUUCAUCGAAAUUUAUGAACUUGGAAUGUAGAUGGACGCAUUUUAUUCUAUUGAAGAAACCGGUAGAAAUAUUUUUUUGCCUUUUUCCUGUUAUAUGAUUUUUGUUAUGGAUUAUGUUUGAAAUUACUGCUUUAUCUCCAAUUUGUGCUGUUUUAUGUGAACCAGUUAAUGUAUCAUAUGUCAUGUCUUUUUAAACUUGCAGUGCCAUGGACUAUACUGUGAAUCCUGAAUUUCGAGGAGGCUAUCUUGCUUUUACAUGUGAGGUUGUGAAUUAACCUUUAUGAUUUGUGUGAAAAACUUUAGAUUGCAUUUGAUUUUUAUUUAUGCGUGAAUGGCAUCACUCAGGAAUUGGUAUCCUACCCCUAUUUUUCAGUUCUUCACGUUUACCAUAUCUGAUAAACUAUCUACUGCCGAAUACUCAUUCAUCUUCUAGCACAUCAACUACGAUCGUUUUUAGCUACCAAUCACCGAGGUUUGAAGAUCAGAUACUAGGGGCCUCGAAUGAACCAAUUUCAUCCUACUUUGCCCAAUCCAGGAGAAACUACAACAGUCUGUAGAAGAAAUGAUGGGAGCAUUACCUUGGCAGGAGUAUCUACCAACCACUUGCUUCUGUUUUGUCUGCCACUGAUGUUGUCAAUCCAAUGUAUUGCAUUAGCUUUGUCAACCAAAUCUCCUCACAUCUGUAUAACAACCAUAACUUUUACUCUACAACAUACAUUUUUGAUCACCUAGAUUGGGCUAAAGUUUACCAAGUGAAGUUCAUGAUUCUUUUUAAAGAAUUUUAGACUUUGCCCUUAACGUUUAAUCAGGAUAUCUCUCCCUGAUGCAGACUUCCUGGCUCCAACUAAUUUUGAAUUGUGGAUUAAGAUUCCUUGUCUCUUUAUUGCAUUUCUUGAAAACGAUUGUUGAGUGUAUCUUCAUUCUUGUUGCUGAAGGGAUGUUCUUUUCGGGCUUUUGUCCAGAAUGAAUAGGCUAUUGUCAUUUUUCAAUCCUUUCAUGAAAUACAUACCUGCCAGUCUUGUUCCUUGGUAUUUAUUUUAAUAAUUGCAUCCUCAUUGUCAACCAAAUCCAUGAUUUCUCCUCAGCUAUGCCCUGAUCUGUGUUUCAGACAUCUCCUUCCCCAUUGUGCUGCCACUUUGACCGAGUAUUUUCUUUAGCCUUGUUUUACUGUCUUUGAAACUUACCAAACUCUUUCCAAUACAAACACGUAUAGCUUGUUAUUUAUGGGAUUAACAUUCCUUCUUCCUUCCCAGCCACGUAUCAAAAAAUUGACUUGCUGGUUUCCUAUCCUUCCUCUGUCACUUCAUGGCCUGAAAAAAAGUCACCGACGCUUUUCUGCUGGUAAUCAUGUCUCCAUGAGUUAAACAUCACCAGUUCUUAUAGAUGAUCCUCUUCCACACCUGGUGCUGUUCGUUUUUGUGUUUCAUCGGGCAAAAGAUUUGUUAUGAAUGCUUGGAAGUUCAGUUAAUUCUAUUGACCAAAUUCUCGUUUCCUUCAUGUCACCUCAUUGAACCAGUAGUGUUGGUUCGUUUGGUCAGUUGAAGUUUAUGUCAUAUUCUAUGUCUUCAAGAUCUCUGUCAUUGAGAGCUUGCAUUUGGGCAGGUGCAAUUAUUGCAAAAUCUAAUGGACUCUUUGUAUCAACUAUGCUAAUCGAACUAUAUCCUGAUCAGACUAUAUCUACCUACCUCAAAAGUGGAAAGUAGUUCAAUAUUUUUGAGCGAAUUUCGACUGGUUGAUUUUCAGCUGAAUCUCUGCUCAAAUCUUGAUUAAGGCUAUAGUUAAGUUCAUACACUCCUAUACUGUAGAAGCCAGUCUUGAACUUUGUCACGGCAACAACCGGUGACUUUUCCUUUGACUGCUAAGUCCUUUGACUUGGUUACAUUAGCAAGGUCUGCCUUAUCAUAUGAAUGUAGAAGGGUUGUUCAUAUACCCAUCAGAGAAUUGGAGAAUUUGUGAACACCUGGGCAUGAUCUUCCAUAAUAACGUAAUUUUUAGAUUCUUUUAUAGUAGAUCUUAAUGGGAAACAAGAGAUACGUCUAAUUUUGACUUCGUCCAGCAUGUGUCGUCUUGGGGCAAGAAAGAUCAUGAAUAAUACCUUCUCAUUAAGAUUUGCGCAUGCUUGUAUAGACAAUAUAUGGAAUUCAUCUGUUAAGUUUCACCAUUUCUCUUGUUGGCAUGCCACCUAUUUACUGAAAUUUAGUCUUUUAGGGUCAAGAAACCAUUUUAAAAUCAUAUUGAUGUCUCUGGCAGCACUCAGCUGGCAUAGAUCACUUGAGGAAGUUGAGUAAUGCUGGGUUGACUCAUGUCCAUCUAUUGCCAAGCUUUCAUUUUGCUGGUGUUGACGAUGAUAAGGGCAAAUGGAAAUAUAUCGGUAAGUGUGAUGUCUAUCUCUAUCUAUCUCUCCUGCUGUCACUUGAUUUUUGUUCUUCAUGGUCGUUUUAUGAAGAUUAUUGUUUCUCCUGGCUAUGAAUUUUUUUUUAUGCUCUAUGGACUUUAAUUUAUUUCCUUUAUGUUUUGCAUUUCCAUCUAUUCUUGUCCUAGGAUGACUACUUUUUACUAGAUUGUAUCUGUAGCAUCUUAUUUUUGAAUAAUUUGGAGCUUUCCUAUCUUUUCUCUAGGAAACUAUAACAAAACUUCGAAAAUCACACACGAAUUCCCUGACACUCUACGGAAUAAAGACAUAGGCCAAUCUUAAUCAGUUUCAGUUCUAGGUUGGGAUUAGCCUGCAAUAGGGUAGUUCUUUACAUACCUGGUGAUCAUUGUUGGAAAAUAAUAAUUUUGAAAAUUUUCAAAAAUGUAAGAAAAUCGGCAAAAAGGGCAAAUAUUUGAGUAGAUCCAGGAAUUUGAAAAUCCUCCAUUUUACUAGUCUUGCUGACCUGUUGUCUUUGUCUUGGCAUAAAUCAACGACCUGGGCGUCUUAUCAUAACAUGCUAUAGGUGAGAGUAUUGAGUUUCAAUCUGAUUUGGGCAUUUUCCUGACGUUUUUUAACUGAUACUGAAUCUAUUAUCUGAUCGGUGUAACGUUUCCUUAUCUGAAAAUGAUGAAGAUAUUAUCAUUUAUCUUGCUUGGAGUCGUUGGUAAACCAUCAAUGGUGAUGGCGUUGAAAAGGAAUUUUGAUUCUCUGUAAAAUAAUUUGCUACCAAUAUCUCCAGACUGGCCUAUGAAAGGAUUCCUAAAAACUUAAGUGUUGAUUUCUUCAUUUCUUAUCGAAAUUCUCCAUUUCCUCCGUACGCUUCUAACCCAAAUGUGACUAAACGUCAUAUCAAGUUAUUAUUAUAAGUAAAAGCAGAGCGGAUAUUCUGAAGUGAUUUUGUGUGAUCUUUCCUUAUAGAAUGAGGUCCUAGCCAAUUAAUGAAGGCCCCUUGAUUCUCAGAUGAACAAAAAUUGUCUACGCUGCCUCCAGACUCAGAAGAGCAACAAGCUGAAAUCACUGCUAUCCAAGAUCAGGAUGGUUAUAACUGGGGGUAAUGAAAGUACCUUUUCUAAAUGUCAUCCUAAUAAAUUUCCUUCUUGAACUAGCAGAUUCACGUCUCUAAACAGGUACAAUCCUGUUCUUUGGAGUGUGCCAAAAGGAAGCUACGCUAGUGAUCCAUCUGGUGCACAUCGUACUAUUGAAUUCCGGAAAAUGAUUCAGGUAUGGUGUACAUCCGGACCGCAGUUGCUUAUGCGCAAUGACUUCUAGUUCAUUUGCCUGAAUAUUUUAUUUUGGGUUACUCACACAGGCAGUAAACCGGAGUGGUCUUCGUGUUGUGUUGGACGUUGUCUACAACCAUGUGAGUGCUAGUGGUCCCCAGGAUGAAUUUUCUGUUCUUGAAAAGGUCAGUGGCUUUCUGUUUGCGUUUUAUAAACUGUGAGCUCUGUCAUUUUAGUUGCUUUUGCAUGUUCCCGCGUGGGCUGACUUUGAAGUACUGAAAAUGUAUAACUAAUCCAUGUGUUCUGUUGGAUAAGGGAGAGUCAUUUUUUUUUUCUUGGAUGUUGCUUGUAUGACAAGAUAUGGGGGAAAAGGAAGUAGCUUGUACGACAGAAUGAGAGAAAAAACACUUAAGGCGAAAUAUUCAAAAUAUAGCUAUCGAUCAGUAUCAGAGUCAUGACUGACCUGUCAUUACCAUAUACCAAGUCUGACAAAUCAAAGUGAGAUUCCAGACAUAAGGUAAGAUGAAACAAACCAAAGCAUGACUAGAUCCCAGUGAGUGGUUUCUGCUGUUUUUGGACGAGAUCAGUGUUUAUUCUUAACUGCCUUAAAGUAAUCAACCAUUUUUGGCGAUGCUCGUUUUGAAGGGCUUUUUUAUGCUGAGAGAUGCUGGCCAACCCUGUAUUCAAUUUUCCAUUAUAUCGUGAUUUUUUUUACAAGCUCUUUGAGAAAAAUUGAUAGCAGAAUCAAAAUGGUUUGAGGACCCAUGCAGAGGGAUAAUCAUGUAGAAGCUUAAUCUGAGCUUCUAAUUGGAGAAUGCCUUUGACUUGUUUGCUUGAUAUCUAGGAAAAAUGUCUUUAUCCCAUUUUCAAUGUAAUUUCUAUGUGAUAUACAUAGUAUACAAAGUUUUUUUUCCUGUGCUCACUAAAUUUUCCACUCUCUCGAUGACUUUCUAGGUUGUUCCGGGAUACUAUCUUCGUAGAAAUGCUGAUGGCUAUAUUGAACAUAGCACAUGCAUAAACAAUACAGCAAGUGAACAUUUUAUGAUGGAGCGCCUUAUUAUUGAUGAUCUUCUUUCUUGGGCUGUUGACUACAAGGUAAUUGGAUCCUUUUUUCUCCCCUUAUUUAUUUUUUUGAAACCAUUUUGUCUUCAAUUUCGAUUAUUAGAACCGUCGCUUUAUUUUAAUUAGUUUUCCCGUGAAAUUAAGAGUUUGAUGUGGAAGAUUCGACUUAUUGGCAAGCAUAUAUACUGGCAUGAGGUCAACAAACAGUAUUUGAGUCUCUUGAGGUAAAUAUUUUUAAGGCACAAUUUAGUAUAAAGGCUAGUUAAAUUCUGUUCAGAAUCUGUGUUAUGGAGGACCAAAGGAAUGCAGUGUAAAUGAGUUGCUUACUGGAAUCUCAAUAAAAAUUAGGAAUUCGAUGUCAAAUCUUUGAUACUGUUGACUAGUUAUCCAGCAGCUAACAUCAAUGAUUGGCGCUAAUAGAAGAUCGAAUGGUUCAGUUAGUUAUCUUUCAUGGUAGCCUGUUGGCUAUUUGUGAUGAAUGAAACAACUAGGUUUAAGGCGUAAAAUUUGUUUAUUUCCAUUUUGUGUAAUGUAGGAGAUGGGAUUUUCAGACCUUUAAUGAGGGAGGCUUUUUCUCUUUGAUAAUGAAGAGAAGGGUCUUACUUUGUAUAUCAGCUAGUGGUGUUGACCAUUCAGUAGCCAAAAGUUUUUUGUAUUGGGCAGAAAUUCAGUGAUCUAUUACUUAAAAAAUAAUAAAUUUAUACACAAAAUAAAUAAGAUCAUAAUUAAAAUAUAAUAUGUAAUAUUAAAAAUAAUAAUAUAAAUACUUAUAUUUUAAUUAAAAUUAAUCCAGUUAAUUUAUUUAGUUAACAAUAAUAUUGGUUAUGUAAACCUCUCUCUCUCCCUCUCUCUCCUUUUUUCGUGCAUAUGGUGCUACCACUUUCAGAAGAGUAAAUGAUCUAUCACAUUGGUCGGCUUUGCUGUCAUGCAAGAUAAUUUUGUUGUCUUCUUAUACGAUUUUUUUAUCAAUAGAUUUCUUUAGUUAUGCUUAAUAGAAUGAUCUCCAUAUAAUAAUUUUGUUUAUGAAGUCUCAUCAGAAUUUCGGUCUCUCUUUUUAGGUGGAUGGAUUCAGGUUUGAUCUCAUGGGACACAUCAUGAAAAGUACCAUGGUAUGUGUAAGGUCCAAGAUGUGCUAGUCUGUUACAUAAAUCAACAAAUUUUAUUAUAUUAUGCUCGACUUCCUUUUGGUUGACAUCUGAGUUUAGACGAUUUAUCUUUGUUUUGUCCUCAGAAGUAAUAAGAAUUCUUCUGAGGACGUUAUAAAUUUUAUGUAAUUGAAUCAUUUGACAAGUAUCACUAAAAAUUGACAUUUCUUUUUAUUCAUAUUUUGGAUUAUAAUCUUAUUGAAUCAUUACUGAUUCAAAGAAUGGAGGGAAACUAAUAACUCAUUCCCAGAGAAACUGAUAUCCACUAAUUACCCCUUCCCAACCAGCCCUCCCAGUUGCUCAAGAUAGGGAAGUUGUAGCCCACGGUUGUUGAUAUGGAAUUACGUCUCAUCUUGUGGAAGAAAGUGCUGGAAGUAUCUCCCAUCGGUUGCUUACCGCUUACAUGACCACAUCGCUUAUGAUAUAUCUUGUAAUAUAUCAGUUGAAGGCUGAGCUCAUUUUAGGAUUCCCGAAAAAUUAAGAAAUACAUAUAAUCCCAUGUGAAUCAUUUCCGCCACCCCUCUUCCUUUCAGUUGUUUUGGAUAGGAAUUACUGAAAUAUAAUGUAAAUACUGCAUUAGCAGUUGGGUGAGGCGUAUCACGUGCUUCACUUAAAGAAGCACAUGAACAUCACCUGCAUGUCUCGGGAUGUUAGGCUCUAUGUCUAGAACCUUCUCCCAUGGAUGUGUUAGAAAUAACAUACCCCUGUCUCGAUGUAAAAAAAAACGAAAACCUUCUUGAAUUCUUUUUCCUCAUAUGUGGUGAAUAGAAGCCCUUUUUUUUCUUCCAUGAGAAGAUCUGUCAUUCUUCAAGAAAGAAACGAACUAGAGGAAAGUCAACAGGAAUGAAGAGAACAAAUAUGUGGGUAUUUAACCACAGCAUCAAUGAAAUUUGUCUAUGAUUCAAGUUCAUCUGCAUCAGUGACCUGUCGGAUUUGGUACAUGCUACGCUUGCUAAUUGCACAUUCUGCAAUAUCUUAGAUCAUGUAUCAUAUGCUUAUUCACUUAUUUCAAAUGUACACUAUAUGCGUAGCUUGUCAACAGUAUCAACAGUCUUUGUACUUCCACAUUUGUCUUCAUCCUAGCGUCAUAUUGCUGUUUUCUCUUAUGAUUGUUUAUUUUAUAUUAUUCAUUAUUCUCUUUCUACAAAUGUCAUAGAGCAUGUUGAUAAUUGCUCAUCAUAUACUUAGAUCAUUAAGAUGUUAUCCGUGUUUAUUGGGCUCCAAGUGAAUUUCUUCUUCUAUGUAGAAAUCUUCACACGAAAAGGUAGUUUUUAUUUCUUGAAUAGAACUAUUUUUUCAUAUAUUAUUACCUGGGAUUCAUUUGAUGUUUUCAUGUAGGUGUUCCAAUAUAGUACAUGUGCAUCCAUAUAUAGAGGCAAAUGUAGAAUAAUAUUUUCCAUUUGUCCUCAGUUCAGCCCCCCUCCAUUUCUUCUGCCUCUUCAAGAAGAAUUGGUAUUGUGUAACAUUACACAUGGUUUCCUUGAUGCUUACUCUUUUGGAAACAGGUUAAGGCGAAAUCUGCCCUUCAAAGCCUGUCAAAGGAUCAGAAUGGCGUAGAUGGUUCCAAAAUAUACAUGUUAGUGUGUUGACCAUUUGCUUUGUUCGAAAUUGACAUAAUUAUUUACACUUCCCUAACCAAAUUUGCAUCAACGGAUUCUUUAUGUAAUCCAGAUAUGGUGAGGGUUGGGAUUUUGGCGAGGUUGCCAAAAAUGGACGUGGAGUAAAUGCAUCGCAGUUCAAUAUUUCUGGAACUGGCCUUGGGAGGUAAUUUGGCUUUUGGUAGCAAUACAGGCAAAAAAAUGAUCCUGUAGCGAUUUUACUCAACAAAACGUAUCUCAUAAGAACUCAUCAUCAAUUUUGUGUAUGAAACGAAUUAAACCAUUAGGCAUGGUGAAACAAAUAUUUUCCUGAAAGACAAACAGCUUAUCUUUUAUCAUGGGUCUGCACUUAAAUUUCGAGAAAUUUUGAGAAAUGGCUAUAUGGAAAAUUAAUCUUUGUAAUGCAUCAACUGUUUUGAGAUCUUCCUGUAAUCACACAUUAGCUCCUCAUAGUGUUGCUGUCCCCAACCAACCCAAUUGCAUUUGAAGCGUCUUUGAUGAUUCUGCUGGUUGACAACUCUCUUGCAUCAGUUGUCUGUGUGCACUCCCGCUCCCUUUUUUAAAGUUUUAAAUUACAGCUUGCAACUUUAUGUUGUAAAAUGGGAAAAGAUGUUAGUAAUUUUAGGAUACAAUCAAAUACCUCACAUCAGUUCAUUGGAUGCGUCAUCUAUCCUCAUGUGAAAUCACCGCUGAAAUUUUCAUCUAGAGAGAAAGAGCAAAUGAUUUGCCAGUGAACAUUCAUGUUCUAUCUAGACAUUCUUUAUUGCUUUCUUUCUUGAGGAAAAUAUAUUUGUGAGCAAUUGGUCACCGACCAUGCCUUUAGUUUCUGUUGAUGUUUAGGUGCCUGUGAUUUUUUUUCUUUUAGAAAUAACAAUUUAAACUUAUGUCACUCCCUUAUUUACGAAAUGAUCAGUUUCAAUGAUCGGAUACGAGAUUCAAUACUUGGUGGCUCCCCAUUUGGCCAUCCUCUUCAACAAGGUUUUGUAACUGGUCUUUCUUUGCAGGUUAAUAUUUCUUAUUGAUUUACUGUUGUAAGAAUUGAAUCGCUUCAUUUAAUUGUGGUGGACAUCUUUUAUCUAAUUUUUGCUUCGCAUUCUGGUUGUGCCGUGGUAUAUUCUUGGGUUUUCUCUGUCAAUAAAGGCCCCUUCGUUCAAAAGCUAACAAUUCAACUUCAGGCUUCUCUGAGAGUAUUACUUUGUUUGCCUAUGAAAUCUGUCAGAAAACCAUAAAAGAUUCCCCUAUCCGCUAUCUUCAGAACAGUUUAUAUUUUUGCGGCUUCUCAAUUAUCAAAUUCCAAAUCGGUUCUUCCUCAUUAAUCUGACAGUCUAUCCACCUAUUUCACAAACUGAUGCAACAAGGGUUGUUUUAUCAAUUAAAUGGUUCAUGCAUAUUGAUUUUGUUGUCCUGAAGGAAUGACGAUUUAGCAAUGGGUGGAUAUGGAGGAUAUCUUGAAGCCCUGAUCUUCAAAUGCACUUACAUUUGCAGUUGAAGGAAGCUUGUUGCUUAGAAAACCUAACAUGUAAGAAAUAAUUUGACAAAUUUGCUGGAAGGUUUGAUAUAACAAUGUUGGAUACGAGUUUGCCAAAAACUUGAGAAUGACGCGAAAUUUUCGGUUCAAGAAUAUCUCCCAAGGCAAUUAAGCAUACACUUUAGUCUUGAUCCUUUCAGACAAACAUUUUUUGGAAAUAAUUCAGGAGACUACAGGUGUGACAAGAUUUCACAUAAUUAUUCAAUUUUUUUUUUCGAUUUUUAGAUAAUUUUUUUAGAAUGAAUAUUUUGUUUUCCAACUGCUAUAUAAGAUCCUAUCCCGAUAAUUGAUAUAAGUACCAUGCUUUGUCCACAGCCUAAUGGCCAUGACCAUGGUGAUAAGUCUAUCACAGAUGCUAUGCUGGCAGCAUCACUGGACUACAUUCAGGCAAGUCGAGUCAUAAUAUCAAUGUGGUGCACCAAGUGAACCGAAAACAUACGUUGUUGACAAUUUUAUUUCUGCUUUUCCUCUAUGUAGUCAGAACCACGUUUUAUUAAUGAUAGAAAAAUGAUAAUUCCGGUUGUGUGCAUGUAUAUAUACCCGUUUAUCUCUUUUAGUGUUGGCAUUGAUAUUUCGUGAAUUAUUAUCCUCUUUGAAAAUGAUCAAACUUUUAUGUACCCCAAUAAUGGUUAAUAGUUAACUCGUGAAAAAUACUCUACAAUUUCUUUCCUAUUUAUAUUGUUUUAUAGCUUUGAUAUUCUUAAUUUUUCAUCGUUUCAUCUGCACUCUACUAUUUUACUUGAAUUUGACUAUUUUGUGUUAUCUUCAAUUCAGGCAGGACUGGCUGCUAAUUUGAAAGACUUUGUGUUCACUUCACAUUUAGGAGAAUCGGUACGUGUUGACGAUCUUGAUGUAUUUCAUUUUGUGUAUGUUGGCAUGUCGAUCAUCUAACAUCAUUAUCAAUUUUACUGCCCACGAAUUCUAGUUUGCCAUAUAUAAGUCACUCACUUAAAAACUUAACCAGUGAGAUGAUACAGAUAAUUGACGUGGAUCAGAAAUCUCUCAAUCUGUAUUUUUUUGUUCUUUCCAUAGAAUUUAGAUUGUUGGACCUACAAUGAAUAUGAGCUCCAUUUUGAAAAAUAGUCGGAAAAUAAUGCUGUAGUUAAACCAUCCUUGACACAUGAACUUGAUAAUUUGUCACUAUGGUAUUUUAUUAUCAUUGUUAUGCUGUUCUUUAGUUUUCAUUUCCCAUAUAGGAGAUCGUUCGCAUGUAAGGAGUGGUAGUCUCUGUCGAUAUAUGCGUCAUUCCCUCACCUUGCCAAGAAGAUAUGUAUGGUUGUAAUUCACACCGAUGUAUCAAACGAGAUUAGGCCGUCUCUUUGUCAGUUCUCUGGGGUGCACAACCUAUGCAUGACCUCAAUAAGUUAACAGUAAUCUUUGUCCCUUGAUGCUUCUUAUCUUUCUCCUUCACACAACACUUCAAGACAGAAAGUAAAAGAUGACGGAUAAUAGGAGAAAGGUUGAACAUGGGAAAAGGGGCACAAACAUGGAGGUUAGAUACCUCAUUCAAUAUAGAAAAACUGUAGAGGACACAAAUAUGAGCUCGUUCUAGUUGUACACGCAGUAAAAUGUUCUAGGUUAUCUCUCGUUGGGCUUGGAGAAGUGUUGUUUAUCUCUUUAUAUGCCUUGGACUCCUGGAAAAUUUGAAGGCCUAAUCUCUGCAUAAUUAUCUCAAGCUCUUUUUGCUCUAAUCAUGUGAAGAAACUGUAAGAGAGAGAGAGAGAGAGAGAGAGAGAGAGCGAGGAGGGGGGGGGAGAUGAUGCUCAGCACCUUUAGAUGAAACCCUAAGGUGAGGCUGAGGAGAAAAAAUCUCAAUCCAGUGCAGCCCCCUUCUUCUUCUAUUAACACUUAAUAAGAAACGUAGCAAAAGGCAUUUUUGACCCCAUUUCUUAGGUGACGAAGGAAAAUAUGAUAAAUUAUUUUUUGAACGACUGUUCAGAUGUGAAUACUAAACCCGUGAACAGUAAUAGUUCUCAUCAAUAUAAAAGGAGACUGCUGGGUCACAACCAAGAGACUAUCAUAUGAAAGGAGAAAACUUUUCGUGCCAACCUUAAGCAGCAGCCAUCUCUUCCAAGAAGUCAGGGAUUUUUCUGGUGUGCCUUCAAUGCGUAGCUCCAGUCGAUGGGGCAGCAGUUUUACCAGAGGGAAGAUGAGAAGCUCUGCAAUGUAUAGUACCCUUCAAGACUGUCUGGGUAGACUUUGAUUAUCUUUUUGAGUCCUGAUUGUCCAUUUCGGGGAUGCCUGUUUUGGUCAUCUGAAAUCUCAGUUUUCUCAUAUUUUUUUCUUUAGAAAAUUGCAAUCAUAAUCGAUUAUUCUAAUUUUGUGUACAGUGGAUGAAACUAGCAUGACACAGUCUUUAUUUUUUCUUUGUUUCUCUUAUUAUUCCCUCUUUAUGAUUGUGCUGUUUCAUUCCAGAGAAGAGCCUCUUGUUAAUUUUUUUAAUAAUUAUCAUUUUUCAUUUUUCCAGAUCAAAGGUUCUGAAGUACUGACGCAUGACAGGACGCCAGUUGCAUAUGCUUCACGCCCCACAGAGACCGUAAGAAUAAAAACUUUCGCACUAAUCAUUUUGUCCAGAAGCUAUCAUCUGUCAGUGCAUGCAUUCGCUUUCUAUUGUCACGGAACUGUCUCUUUCUUUCAAAAUUGUAUUUGUGAUGUAACGUUUCUAAAGUCAAUGUUUGGAAAAAUGACAUUUCAGGGGGUCCCUGCCUUAGACAUCUUCGUUUUAGUUCUUUUUGUAAAACCUGUGAGGCAAUUUGAUCGACAUAACAUCUAAAUUCUCAACCUUUUCCAGGUUAAUUACGUUUCUGCUCAUGAUAAUGAGACAUUAUUUGACAUUGUCAGCUUGAAGGUAUGUGCCCAAAUUUCAGAAUAAUUGAACAUAGAAUCUUAUGAAGUGUCUUUAUUAAUCAAAUCUUUUUCGUUCUUUUUUCUUAAGCAGACUUCCGAGAAAAUGUCUUUGGAUGAAAGAUGCAGGUUAAACCACUUAGCAACAAGUUUAAUUGCACUCUCUCAGGUUGUCUUUCCUUCUCCUGUUUUCGUUGUCUGUCACGAUUCUAUAUUUUUAAAAUGUUCUCUGCUGACCAUAAAACUUUUAAUCGCCUUACAGUAACUCCACUUUUGCAGAAUAGACUCCUAGAAGCUCCAAGAAUAUAGCAAUGUGAAGAAGUCUUAAUCGUCACGAGAACUGAAAACAUUUUUCUUGUGGAAGAAAAUUUUAAACAUGUGAGCUCAUGAAUAAAUGGAGUGCACAAUUCUUGACGUGCAUUAACAUAGUAUUUUCGAGGAACAAAAGGAUAUUUUUUUAAUUUUUAAUUAAAUACAUAAAAAGACUGCAAUCUCUCUGGGUCUCAUUUGCCAUCAAGAUAGAUCAUACUUCACCUUUGAUACAUUGCCGAUCCUAUUUUAGUGCUGUAGCAGUACCGCUCAUGAGGAAAUUAUAUCUUGUGCACAAUAAAGGUAUUGCAGUAAUCCCAUGGGCUUUCCAUUUCUCUCUGAAUAAAUGAAAUGGAGUUACAGCCGUGUUGACAAUAACAUGCAUGUGUCUUGGAAUGUGUUAGGCUCAAACAGAGUCUAUUUUAGGAGCAUUAAUGUUAUUGAAUACAAAAUUCUCUCAACAGAGAAAAAAAUGCCCCUCUUUCCUUUUCAGGGGACAGACGAUGUGACUGCCAUAUUGAAAUAUUCAUUGGAUUGGUGUGAUACACUUUUCUUGAGCGUGACCAUCGUUUUUUUUUUGUCUCAGGGAAUACCUUUUUUCCAUGCUGGUGAUGAGAUUUUGAGGUCAAAAUCACUUGAUCGAGAUUCAUACAACUCUGGAGAUUGGUUCAAUAAGUAUGGCCUUUUUAUCCUUGAGAAUUCUGAUGUUUUUCCCCCAUGCUUGGAAUUGUUGGGAGUAUAGCAAAAACUAUCUCGGUAGCUACUUUAUAAUUCAACAUGGAUAGACAUAUUCUGAAAAAACUUUAGUGAGAAUUAUAAAUUCUUAUCGCGUUUAUGUCCAAGAUACUUCCUUAACUUAUUCUUUCACAUUUUAUGGUGCUUUUUUCGUAUUUUUCAGGCUGGAUUUCACUUAUGAAUCUAACAACUGGGGGAUAGGACUUCCUCCUAAAGCAAAGAAUGAGAAGAACUGGCCGUUGUAAAUGCUUAUUCUUUUGCUUAUAAUUCAUUCAUUUUUGUCCAGGAUAAAAGCUGUAUUCGGUGUUGGACACGAUUAUUAGAUAUACUUUUUAAGUCAAAGCCAGUUUUUGAUUACCUGUGAAUCUUUAAUUUUUCAGAAUUAAGCCGCGAUUGGCAAAUCCUUCCUUCAAGCCACAGAAAGAACAUAUUCUUGCUGCAGUAGAAAAUUUCAAGAAUCUUUUAAAGAUUAGGUACUCUUCACCACUUUUCCGUUUGAGGACAGCCAAUGCUAUCCAGGUAAGAAAUGAAUUUAUUUUGGAAACGUCCAAAGUAAUAACUCAAAAUAGGAUUAUUGGCAGACACCUAAGUUUUCCUUGUCAAAAUUUUACCAUCUAUCAAAGAUUAUACUGCUUUUGACUUUCGAGCAAUAGAAGUUGUUUCACUCUUCCAUCUAAGGAUUAAAAAGUUGCCCCCCCCCCCCCCCCCUCCCCUGGGCCCGUUUGAAGAAAAAUGAAAAAUAAUGCUGGAUAUUUCUUGGAAAUCUGGUCAACAUAUUUGUUCUCGAUUUCUAAAGGAAUUUCAAAGUCAUUGCUUAUGCUCUUCUAGAAUUAAUGAAUUUCUUUGGAAUUCGCUUGCUUGAGAAUGGCACCUAGAUGUAGCCAUAUGGGCACUUGUCUGCAGUUUUUGUCCUGGACGUGAAAAUCAUAGUUGGUGGGACGCCUGUGCUAAUUUGAUGACGCAUCUGUUAUUAGGAGAGGCUGCGGUUCCACAAUACUGGCCCUUCUUGGAUUCCCGGUGUCAUCAUUAUGAGCAUUGAAGAUGGGCACGAAGACCAGCCUGGCAUAGCCCAAUUAGACCCUGUGUCAGUCAACCAUAAUCAAUACUUUUCUUCCAUUUAAUUUCAUCAGUAAAGAAAUAUGCCGUCUUUAACUCUAUUUUACCUGACGGUGCAGUUAUUCUUUUAUCACCAUCAUCUUCAAUGCCCGUCCAGCUGAAGUGUCAUUUUCGAUCCCAGCACUGAGAAAAAGAAGUCUUCUAUUGCAUCCAGUGCAGGUAUGUUAUUAUUCAUUGGCACUGAAUAUCUCCCGCAACAAUCAGCGUUAUAGGGAGGAUUCAAUCAGCGUUAUGUUGAAUCUUAAUUGGGCCUUUCAUGCAGUUGACUUCAGGAGAUGGCCUGACCAGAACAUCUUCAUAUGAACCAUCAUCAGGCUCCUUCGUUAUCCCUCGCCAAACGACAGCCGUCUUUGUUGAAGCCCGUGAUAGAAAUACCUGUUCUGGAUGA